UCUUUUAGUUCAACUUUACUACUAGCGAUAACAACAUUCACUGAUUUUUUAAAUAAUUCAGCUGUUUUUUUUUUAAUGACAACUGUCAAAGAUGACGCAUUUGCCUGUCCUUCAACCUUAUCAGUCAUAUGGUAUUAGACCAGAAAUUAGUGGCAAUUGCAAAUUUGUAACUAACGAUGACGUUGUAUUUCCUAUUGGUGGGGCACUGGCAUUCCACAAUAUUUACCAGAAACGUAACAAAUACUUGAAGUUACCGAAUAAAGGACUGAACGUUUCUCUAAUGACAGUAAGUCCAACAAGAAAUCUUAUAGCGAUCGCAGAGAGGGGCGAAAGGCCCACUGUUACCACUUACGACGCCGUUACGCACAGGAAAAAGAAACAAUACGUAAUACCCCCCGACAAAGAGGUCAACGCUAAAGAGUUCAUCUGGGUAACGUUUACCUACGACACGAGGUUUAUAAUUUGUUGUACUGGCGAGCCCGACUAUACAUUUUACGUAUUCAAUUGUUUACGAAACAGAUUAGAGAGCUCUGGAAGAGGAAAUAAUUUAAACGGAACGGGAACUGUUAAUGAGAUUGCUUGCAACCCGAACGACGUAAAUCUGAUUGCCGUGGUGGGUUUGAACGUAAUAAAACUAAUGGCCUGUUCGGACUCGAUUUGGAGACAAUUCGGUUACAACAAAACCGAUAAUAUUAAUUUUACAUCGGCUUGCUGGCUGUCGCAAGACCGUCUGCUGUGCGGUUCGUUCACAGGCAGAAUUGUUGUGAUCGAAAGUGGCGAACUCAAGCAGAUUUUUUUCGUCAAUGACUUGAUCAUGAUGGAUUUCAAGGCAACAGAGGAGGAAGAAAAAGCCCCUUCCGAUACUUCGUUACACGAAACAAGUAUGGCGGCGUUCGACGAAGGCAAUAGCCUAGACUUAAGGGUGCGCUGCAUGAUAACGUUCCCACGUGGUCUAGCAUUCGUCUAUCAGUCUGGUACAGUCCAUUUUUUCGAAAAAGAGACAAACCACAGAUACAGAAAACGAAACGUUUACGUAAUUCCCGAUAAUUCCGUGCAGCACGAGAAAGAAGAACCCGUUCUAUUGACAAAGGUCAACAGUCUAGACAUAAAUCCUUCUCAGGAUCACCUUUUGGUGACCUGUUUGCAAAAACAGAUGUUUACCACGAAACUGUGGGGCCCAGACAUAAGCCAAUACCCGGAAACCAAUUUCCACGAGUUGGGACCAGAAUUACACCAUGGAGGCAUUGGAGCCAUCGACGUUUGCCUGUGGAAACCCAUUUUCGUGACGACGGGGGAAUGGGACAGAAAAGUGAAAAUAUGGAACUUCGACAAUGACACUCUGGAACUCACAAAACAGUAUCAGGAGGACAUAUACGGUGUCGCGUUGCAUCCUACGGGACAAUAUAUGGUACUGGGGUUUUCAGGAAAGCUGAGGUUCAUGGUCAUCCUCAUAAACGACUUGAUUUGCAAAAAAGAGUACGGCAUAAGAUACUGCAAAUUAAUUACGUUCAGUACAAGGGGGCAUUUGUUCGCCGUUGUGAAUGGGAAUGUCAUACAGAUUUUUUCAAGUACUUCGUUUGAAAAUGUAAUCAACCUGAAGGGCCACAGUGGCUGGAUCAAAGGAGUAUCCUGGUGCAGAAACGAUUCAAAAAUAGUGUCCUGUGGUACAGAAGGAGCGGUUUACGAAUGGGACCUGUCCACCGGGAAACGGCUAUCAGAAGUGAUAUUGAAAAACGUCUUUUUUAACCACAUCGUUUAUUCGUCCAUGGGUAAAGACAAUUAUUCGGUCAGUCAAGAUGGCAUAAUUCGACAGAAUGUGGAAUGGAGCGUCUACAGAGAAAGAUCUGUAACGGAAUCCGGCUUGGAAUGCGUUAUUCUUUCCAAUCUGGACUCGAUGUUAUUUGUAACAGGAAAUGAAGGAUCAAUUUAUUCAGUUAAAGUGCCUCUACAGGAUGAUUCGCCGAUUCUUGAAUUCACCAUGCACGCAACAACGAUAACAAAGGCAAAAAUCACGCACAACGAUGCUUUCAUUAUAACUUGUUCGGAUGACGGAGACAUUUUCGUAUGGAAAAUACUCAAUGCUGAAACCAAAGCCAUAAAACUAGAGAAAGAGCUACUAUCGUCGACAGACGUCCUGAUACCAAGGGAAAUAUUGCAAGAGAGACUGAAUGAAAUAGAAUUUUUGUACAGGCGUCUGAAAGAGCUGGAAAACGAAUUUUAUUAUCAGAUGAGACAAACUGAAACGUCUUAUGGAGAAAAGAUCAGGUCAAUUCACGAAGGUUACUGCACCGCUAUACAAGAACUGAAAGAAAAAAAUCAGAUGAUGGAAGGAGACCAUGCACGCGAUUUAACGAAAAUAAACCAAGACAUUGAUAAUAUGAAAAAGAAGCACGACCAAGAGAUGACAGCGAUGGAAGCCAAUUACAACGAAAAAUUAAUAACCGAAUACGACAAAUAUCAGCUUUUGGAAGACAGCAAAACGCUCAUGAGAAAGAAAUACGAAGAGGAAUUGGACGAGCUCCGAAAAGCGAAAGCGACAUCAGAAGAAGAAAUAACUAAUCAUUUCUUACAACUUCUGAAUGAGAAGAAAGCUGAAGUCGAAGAGUUAAUUGAAGAAGCAAGUAGAAAGAAGAAAGAACACGAAAUGAUAAAACAGCAAAUAGAAGAUGAUGCAGAUAGAGAAAUUUAUGAAUUAAAAUCUGUUCACGAGAAACAACUUCGGGAAGAACAGGAUGCAAAUAUGAAACUUAAAGGAGAAACUGGCAUAAUAAGGAAGAAACUUCUUGUUACAUACAAAGAGAUGGAGGAAUUGAAACAUACCGUUGUCGUUUUAGAAAAUGACCACACGAAAUUCAAAAACACCAUUGUUAACCUGGACAGGGACAUAAGCGAUCUCAAAAUAGAAAUAUCCGAAAGAGAUCUCACCAUACAAGACAAAGAAAAACGAAUUCUCGAAAUGAAAAAUCGAAAUUUGGAACUGGAAAAGUUCAAGUUUAUUCUCGAAUUUAAAAUUGACGAGUUAAAAGCUCAAAUUGAACCAAGGGACAAGAAAAUCGAAGAACAAGGCGAACAAAUAAAUGAUAUGGUACAAGAAUUGGAAAACUUGCAGAAAAUUAUAAUCAGUCUCGAUCUGCAAUUGGUGGAAUUAAGAGAAAAAUUGGCUGCAGCCGAUAGGGAGUUGCAGAGGGAGGAAAAAAAGAGUAGAGCGGCAAAAGCAAUGCUAAAGACGAUAAGAACAGAUAUACACAGAGCCAGUGGAUUUACUCAGGAUAUACCUAAACUUGUGAAGGAAAUUAGGCUCAUGUAUCACAAAUACAACGCUGAUAAAGACUUUGAACAAUCACAAGCUGAAGACUGCGAAGCUAUGAAUGAAUAUUUACGUCAACGAGACUUUUUGGAAAAAACUGUAAACACCUUGCAAAAACAGAUUAAAGUAAGUCAAUCGACUGGUGGAGUAGACAAAUACCGACUGGUGAACGAGAAUGCAGAGUUGGUUGCCGAUACAAAUCUCCUAAGGAAACAACUUAAAGGCGAACAGCAUAAAAUCAAAAAUUUGGAAUCGGUUUUGGGGCUCAGUUCAAAAUACAUGUUGCCUUCGGAGGCCCAAAAGCGAUUACAAGCCGCAGUUGCCACCAGAGACGAAAUCCGUCAAGAAUUUACGAGUAAAAUAAAGGAUGGUGAAAAUCGGAUUUCCGUUUUACGUUCUGAAAAUUGUCGGCUAAAGGAAAAGCUCGUGGAUGAUCAAAAAGAGGUUGUAGAAGAUGUAUUGCCAAUCUCUGAUGAUAAAGAAUAAAAUAAAACAUUUAUUACAAUGCAA